CCUUUCAAGAUGGCUGCGCACCAACCUUUUCAAGAUGGCUGCGCCCAUGAACACCUGUUAUAUCAGUAGCGGCUGUAAUAAAUCUCCUCACUGCGCCGAUUGGGGCAGAAAUAAUUUACUGUGUUACGGUUCUUGUCAAGCAGUUGUUGUUUGUAAACCGGAGGUUGCUGGGAGCAGCCAGGCUCGAGUCCUGCAUACUCUCAGUGGACACAAGGCCAAUGUCAACUGUGUGAAGUGGAUAUCCAAAUACACAGAUGGAUUGGAGACGGAGCUGGUGUCAGGAAGUGUGGACAAUUCCAUCAUGGUGUGGGGGAAACAAGGAGAUAAGUUUGUACUGCAGCAGACAUUGACUGAUCACCAAGGAGCAGUAACUGCUCUGGAUGCAGCCUACCUCACUGCUGAAGAUUCACUGCCACAGGGGACACAACUCCGGGCUGUUAUUGUAUCUGCCUCCACAGACUCCACUGUGAAGAUUUGGAUUAGAAACUCUGAUAAAGGGUUCAUACACAAACAGAACAUCAACUUUGGCUGCGGCUUUGCAUUGGAUCUGUCUUUAAUACGCGUUCCAGGAUCAGAGACAAUGAUGCUUGCUGCAGCAAGUGAUGACAUGAAAGUUCAUAUUUACAUGGAGCAAGAAGCACAUGAUGACAUGGAGUUUGUUCCUGUGAUAACCCUGCCAGGCCACGAGGACUGGGUUCGAGCUGUUGACUUCGCCCAGGAUGACGGGGGUGACCUGUUGUUGGCAAGUGCCUCCCAAGACUUCCUGAUUCGGGUGUGGCGCCUCUCCCCCAGGGUGGGGCAGUCAGUGGGGUCCAGGAGUGGCUCUGUCAUGGACUUGCCCCCGGACCAAGAUAUACAGAUGAGAGAAACUACUUUCUCAUAUAAAAUUAAAGGUGAUGUGCGGGCGUACGCAGUAAGUCUGGAGACAGUACUUAGUGGACAUGAAAACUGGAUCUACUCCGUAUGUUGGAAACCAAGUACUGUCCGAGAUGGUGUGCGGCACCAGGACCUGUCUCUGCUGUCUGUCUCCAUGGAUAAGACCAUGAUUCUUUGGCGACCAGAGACAGAGACAGGGGUCUGGACAGAACAGAUGCGAGUGGGUGAGGUGGGUGGUAAUACCCUUGGUCUGUAUGGAGGCAUGUUUGGACCACGCGGAGACUCCAUUCUGGCUCAUGGAUACCAGGGGGCCUUCCAUCACUGGACAUACAACCAGGACAAGGCUAACUGGCAGCACGUGGUUACAGUGAGUGGCCAUUUUGACUCGGUGGAGGACAUGGUGUGGGACCGAAGGGGAGGCAACUUUUUACUGUCCUGCAGUCUGGACGAAACAGUGAGGUUACAUGCCCCUUGGGUCUCAACAACAAGGGAGGUUUUAUGGUAUGAGAUAGCCAGACCCCAAAUCCAUGGUUACGAAUUGAACUGCAUUGCCAUGGUGAAUCGGUAUCAAUACACCUCUGGUGGCAACGAAAAAGUGGUCAGAGUUUUCGAUGCGCCUGAUAACUUUGUUGAGAAUUUUUGUAACUUGUGUGCUAUAGAUAUGCAAAAGGAGAAGACUUCUCAGGACUCUAAAACACGCCCAGUGGGUGCGAGUGUGCCAGCAUUAGGGUUGUCAAAUAAAGCAAUUUUUACUGGUGGAGUUCUAGACAUGAUGGCAGAUCUUGAGAUUAAGCCAGGAGAAAAUGAACAGUACGCUGACAAUGUCUUCACUAAUGUGACGCUGACUGCACCUCCCAGUGAAGAGCACCUACUGCAGAAUACUCUCUGGCCGGAGGUACAGAAACUCUAUGGACACGGAUAUGAAAUAUUUGCACUAGAUUGUGACCCUGAUGGGAAAAUACUUGCUAGUGCUUGCAAGAAAGCUUUGACCCAAGAUCAUGCAAAUUGUUUAAUGUGGGACACGGCAACCUGGCAACAGGUCAUGACCUUAGAAGGUCAUGCUCUCACGGUGACCCAGAUAGCGUUCUCAAAGUCUGGAGAGUACCUGCUGACUGUGUCCAGGGACAGAACCUGGUACAUGUACAAGCGAGGAAAUGCAGAGGCUCCAGUAUCAGAGUUGCAGUUUGAGCACGUCAUGCACACAGAGAACAGAACCAGCGUCCAUACAAGGAUCAUCUGGUCUUGCUGCUGGGCACCUGAUGACAAAUACUUCUUCACUGCAUCCAGGGACAAAAAGGUGGCUGUCUGGUACUGCCCUGCAGCAGACGACAAAGAGCCCAAACUGGCAGGAAAGCUAGAUGUAGCAGACUCUGCAACAGCUGUUGAUUCUGCACACAUGUGUUUGGCAGACGGAAGUUAUCUGGUUGCUGUGGGAAUGGACAAUGGCCAGAUACUGCUGUACAGUUGGUUGCUAGGGAGAAAUUCACCUUGGCAACAGCUUGUUACCCUUGACAACAGCCUGGCCCAUCAUAAGACGGUGAAGCGUCUCAAGUUUAGACCGUGCCUGGGACUAGCAGGCAUCCAUGACAACAACCCAGCUAUGGCAAAGGCCAAGGACAAAGAAGACUGGUUACAGCUGGCCAGUUGUAGUUCGGACCAUUCGGUGAAAAUAUUUAACAUCAGACUGAGUCUAUUGACUAAGUGUGCUUAACUGUGGGCUGUGGGUGUAAUUUGGGGGGGGGGGGGAGUGAUGAUUGUUAUGUGCAGUUGUUUUGUAUACAAUCUGUGGUGGUUGAAGCUCUCAGAAACAGGGAAGCUCUAGAUGUGAUUUAUGUGGAAAAAAAUUGCAAUUAAAUUUGAUUUGUGUUCUGUUUGGAAAUGCUUAUAUUCAGGGCUUUUGCUGAUCAAGUAUCAUAGAAAAAAUUAAUUUUUUGUAAUAAUGUGAAAAAGUAUGUGGAAAAUACAGUUACAGUGAUAUGAAUUUCAAAAAAGUAAAUUUAGAAGCAUUUAAAUUAACUGAAAUGGAAUCACAAUUAUUUUCUUGACAUUAAAUUAUGUGUGAGGAUUUGUGUGGGGUCCAUCAAUGACCAAAUCAAAUAUUCAACAGACAAAUAUGCCCUAAGUCUUACCUCAGACAUACAAAAUCCACACAUAAAAAGAGCCAACAAAUAUGCCAACUCAUGAAUCUAAGAAAUUCCAUGUCAACGAAAUUAAAUGAUGUCAAAGUAUUGAGUUCAGCCAUUUUACUGUUAACUGUUCAAACGAUCAAACCAACAACUUGUUUUGAGCUGUUGUCUUGUAAUUCACAUACUCAAAAAGGAGAACUUAAAUAAAGAACAAAUUAAACGCAUGACAAUGCUAUGAACUGUUAUACAUGUUCUUAUGUUUUCUUGUGGUUUAUUGGAAAUUACAAAUUAUUUUAUUUCGUUCAUUUGUUGUUCCUCCCUUUGAAAAGGAAGUGAUAAGAUUAUUGGUACAUGCUUUAUCCUUAGAAAUAAAUUAUUACAGAAAAUACAAACAUGCAUUGUUAUGACAUAAUGAUAAUGUUUCAUGCAAAUAUUUCUUGUAAAGUUCUUUUAAAUUGUAGACAAAUGGUGGACAUGCACCAAAUGAUAAGAAAGUUUGUUGGUGUUGAUAGAUUAUCAUUUUUAUGCCCCGGGGACAUAGAUCAGUUGAACUGUCCGUCUGUCAGUAUGUGCGUCCGUCCGAAAACUUUAACAUUGCCCAUAACUUUUUCAAUAUUGAAGAUAGCAACUUGAUAUUUGGCAUGCAUGUGUAUCUCAUGGAGCUGCACAUUUCGAGUGGUGAAAGGUCAAGGUCAUCCUUCAAGGUCAAAUAUAUGGCUUCAAAGCAGUGCAGUAGGGGGCAUUGUGUUUCUGACAAACACAUCUCUUGUUAUACGUGGCUAUGGUAACAUGAAGGCACACCAUAUACACAAAUGAUUUUGGUAAUGUGGUCUCCAGAUGUCAUCAUUGAUAUAACUAAUGCAAGCUUUGUUGUGUGACAGCUUAUAUGUACACAAUAUUUGGCUCCUGUUUAUAGAAGUUGGGUUUAUUGGUUUGCUUUCGUGGGCUCUAGAAUAGUCCAUACAAUUUUAGUUUUCUUCCAAUAUCCAGUCCAACAGAGAGGACAUUUUUAGAUUCAGUCAUAUUAACUCAGAAAUUGUACAAAAAUGACCGCUUGAAUGAUCUGAAAUCAACUUACACAAAGUGCUCAAGGGCUUACUACCCUGAUUAGACACUGCAAGCCAACAAUGUACUGAUAAACAAAAUACCAUAUACUCAAUGAAUGAACCAUGGAUGGUCCUUAAUUUACCAUUCAUAUUUCAGGGUGCAGUAUCACGUGACUUUUUGGGGUUCCACUUUUUAACUUUGAUAGAUUUAACACGACUGUAAACGGUGCUUUAUUUCAAAUAACUUUUACAAACAAGUUUUCUUAAGAAUUUCAACUAGUGCAUAAAAUACAGAUUUUUAUGCUGUUUAUGGCAAUGUGAUAUACAUUAGAAUUACUUUAUUUAAUAAGCAUGUGUUCUUGCUAAAAAAUGUCAUUUUUACUGCAUAAGUUGUACACAGUAAAUGGCCGGUUAUGUUUCACGCAACGUAUUGUCAACGAUUUCAGACGUAUUUAAGGAUUUAUUCUUAUACCUUAUCAGCACAAACUGCAAGAAAAAGUGUCUUUUAUUCACUGUAGAUUUUUGCAAAUGUAUUUCAAUAACUUAAUUUACAUAUUUGCAAACAUAAAAUUCUUUAAGGCAUGAUUACAUUCUGUCCAGCUCGUGUGUAAACCCCUGAAAACCUCAUUGAUUCUGCACCCUGAUUUCUAAUUAUAAACAUGGCUAUCAUUGGGCCAGGUAUUUUUCCUUAAAGGGCAACUUUUAAAACAACAUGUGGGGCAAGGCUUUUUUUUCUGACUAUGUAUACAAUUAAAAUGGACUUGGACUUUUCAUAUAUAUUAUAUAUAUCUAUAUAUAUGUAUGACAGAAAGAAAACAACAUUUGAAAGGUUUGUAGUAUUUUCUUUUUUUAACCACAAUAAAUUGUGUUCCAAAACAAGACAACAUCAUUAUAAACAUGCUUUUGAUUGCAUGUAUAAUAAAAACUGUACACUAAAUAAUAAAAAGACUACUAACAAAAAUUAAGAAAUUAUUAUGGUAAAUAAGUUGAAACUAUGCUAUAAUUUACAGCAUACAGUCUAUGUACAUUUGGGUGUAUAGCUUUUUUACUUUGUUUUAUUUACAUAAUAGAAAGCAUCACUUCACAAAGAUUAUUAAAAUAUUAUUAUUUAAAUAAUAAAAAUGUAUAUAAUAUACAACCAAAUCAAAUAAUCUUAAUACUAUAAAAGAAACAUACACAGUUUCCUCAUGACAUAAAUAUUUCUUGAUUUAAUCAUCAUUAAGUUUUUCUAAACUUGAAACACAUGUUAGUAUUCAAAAACAGCACAAUGCCUGUCAUUAUUGUUGCUAUUUUAAUCAACAAUUAGACACAAAAAUGCCAUUUAAAUAUACAUGUUGGUAUACAACAAUAUAUAUAUAACAAAUACAAAACACUAUUAUAAAUUAUAAUUCAAAUGAUUUGUACACCAUAAAAUCCAUAUACAAAAUACAUCCAUGAAUAUCUUUAAUAGGAUAUAAAAUCUAUCAUUCUGCCUACACAGUGCUGAUGUGUACAUGAACAGUACAUCAAGGCUUGACAAUAAAGGUAGUCUGAUUUUCCAAGACAAACUUAAGAUCUGGGAAAGACAAAAAAUAAUAGUAUUGUCCGACUGGACAAUCGAAAAAAAUCAAAGUCUUCCCUUUCUCUUAUAAACCAGCAAGAAAACUGGUAAAAAAUAAGUAAUUUGGCUGAAUUUACUAAUAAAACUUUAUGUUGACAUUUAAAUGAAAGCAUAAUAAGUAUUCCAAUACUUACAGCACAAGGUUGUUAAAAAGGGAGAUUUUUUAGCAUAGUUCAAGUAACAACAGUGUUAUGGUUAGUUCCCUUAUAUUCUUGCUUGACUUUUCUUUACAUCCAUUUCUUAACAUUGUUAAAAGUUGACAAGCAUUCCAAAGUUCCACAUGUAGUCAGUUUGUUUGGUUUUAUAAAUAUUUUGUCAGUUU